AUGAACUUAGCAACAUCCAAAGAGUUGCAAGCAAUAUCCUUCAAACCCAACACAUUCAUGCAUAUUUUAGAUAGCUAGAUACAUAAGCAUCUAAAUAAGGCAAAUUAACAAAAACCAAAUGGAUUCACUUCUUAAACUUCCAACCAUCGACAACUUUAAGGAAGAACCAUUCUUUAUGGCAAUAAUCUUCAUCGUACCACUAAUACUUUUGUUGAGUUUAGUGUCACGAAUCCUCAAAAAACCAACAUAUCCACCAGGACCAAAAGGGUUACCUCUUAUAGGUAACAUGUUAAUGAUGGACCAACUAACCCACCGUGGUUUAGCAAACUUAGCUAAAAAAUAUGGUGGCAUCUUCCACCUACGCAUGGGAUUCCUCCAUAUGGUGGCUAUUUCCGACGCGGACGCCGCUCGUCAAGUUCUUCAAGUUCAGGACAACAUCUUUUCCAACCGUCCUGCAACGGUUGCCAUAAAAUACCUAACUUACGACCGCGCUGACAUGGCGUUCGCUCACUACGGUCCCUUUUGGCGCCAAAUGAGGAAACUCUGCGUGAUAAAGCUUUUCAGCCGCAAACACGCAGAGUCUUGGCAAUCAGUUAGGGACGAGGUUGACUAUGCUGUCAGAACUAUUUCUAACAGCAUAGGAAAACCUGUGAACAUCGGGGAACUGGUGUUCAACUUAACUAAAAACAUUAUCUAUCGAGCGGCCUUCGGGUCGAGUUCGAGAGAAGGACAAGACGAGUUUAUUGGGAUAUUACAAGAGUUUUCUAAAUUGUUUGGAGCUUUUAAUAUUUCAGACUUUGUACCUUGUUUAGGAGCCAUUGAUCCUCAAGGGCUUAAUGCUAGACUUGUUAAGGCUCGUAAAGAUUUGGAUAGUUUCAUAGACAAAAUCAUAGAUGAACAUGUGGAGAAGAAGAGGGAGGUUGGUGAUGAAGAAACUGAUAUGGUGGAUGAGUUGCUUGCUUUCUAUAGUGAAGAAGGUAAAGUGAAUAAUGAAUCAGAUGAUUUGCAGAGUUCCAUCAAACUUACAAAGGAGAACAUUAAAGCUAUUAUCAUGGAUGUGAUGUUUGGAGGAACGGAAACGGUAGCAUCAGCAAUUGAAUGGGCCAUGUCUGAGUUAAUGAAAAGCCCAGAAGAUCUAAAAAAAGUCCAACUUGAGUUAGGUGAAGUUGUGGGUCUCGACCGUCGAAUCGAAGAGUCCGACUUUGAGAAACUAACUUAUUUAAAAUGUGUUGUUAAGGAAACCCUACGACUUCAUCCGCCGAUUCCGUUGCUCCUUCACGAAACUUCGGAAGAUGCAACGGUUAAUGGUUAUUUUAUUCCAAAGCGUGCGCGCGUGAUGAUUAAUGCGUGGGCGAUUGGGAGAGAUAAGAGUUGUUGGGAGGAACCUGAAAGUUUUAAGCCGUCGCGGUUUUUGAAACCAAGUAUGCCUGAUUUUAAAGGAAGUAAUUUUGAGUUUAUUCCUUUCGGGUCAGGACGUAGAUCUUGCCCAGGGAUGCAGUUGGGAUUGUACGCGCUUGAUUUGGCAGUGGCUCAUCUUCUACAUUGCUUUACAUGGGAGCUACCGGAUGGAAUGAAGCCGAGUGAAAUGGAUAUGAGUGAUGUGUUUGGACUCACAGCUCCUAGAGCGACUCGACUUGUUGCAAUUCCUACUAAACGUGUCUUGUGCACUUUGGAUUAGAAAGAAGAAUGAAAAGAAAAACAAUUGAUCCCCUUUUCGAUUUCUUUCUCUUUUUUGUGAGUUUAUUUAAUACUAGUAUAUUAAAAAAUGAAAAUAAAUACAAUAUGAAAAUAAAAUAAAAUUGAGAGAUUUAAAAGUACUGGAUUCGAAUCCAAUUCAAAACACGCAGCAAUGUUAAAUCUUUUAAGAAGGGCACAUGAAAGUGUAAAAGAUGAGAUUUUUUUUCACUCUUCUUCUUGUUGUAAGCUUCUAUUUUUCAAAUAUAGCAUAAUGUAUUAUUUUACGACACAAUUGCUUGUAAAUUUCGUUCUUAGUUUAUUUUCAAA